GUCUCAGUCUCACUCGGUUAGCAGACGAAGACGCAGGCGCAAACGGCAACGUCUCCAAACUCCACACAGAAUACAUCGCGCGGCACGUGAAAUGUUUAACGAAUGUUAACGCUAUGUUAAGGCUAUGCUAGACAAAAGCUGUAAAAUAGAGAGACCAAAAGAUCAACAAACCUGAGAAGAAAGCAGCAGCGAGGGAAGCGAAACGAAGUGAAGAGCAGCAGAAACCCAAAAAUCUAUUUUUGGUGUUUUGGUAUAUCAAACGAAAUACACACAUACACACACAAAGACGCGGCUAUAUAAUCGAGCAGAUUUAUAUAGCAGCCGUAAAAUGGGACAUUUUACGCGACACAGUUGCCUAUUGGCCCUAAUAUUGUGCCUGGUCUUCAACACACAGCAUCUUGCGGUGCACGGCGAUGCCUCACACAUUGAAUCGGCCGCGUUGCCACUGGAACACAGAGCUGGCUAUGGACCGCCAGCGCCAUCACCCAUCUAUGGCGCACCACAGGGCCCACUGAGCACAGGAGCCACCAAUGAUCUGUCGGAGGAGGCCUGGCCACUGGCCAGCACCAAUGACAGUCCACAGAUCAAGCAUCUGCAGGUGCAGUGCGAGAAGACGCACAUGAGAGUGAACAUUGAGUUCGACAGGCCCUUCUAUGGCAUGAUCUUCUCCAAGGGUUUCUACAGCGAAUCCCACUGCGUCCACAUGCAGCCGGGUACUGGUCACUUGAGCGCCACCUUUGAGAUCUUCCUGAACAGCUGUGGCAUGAGCAGCUCGGCCAAUCACAAUGCAGCUGGCUAUGGAGCACCAACGCCUUCGGGCAGCUACGUGGAGAACACGAUCAUCAUUCAGUACGAUCCUUAUGUGCAGGAGGUGUGGGAUCAGGCACGCAAACUGCGCUGCACCUGGUACGACUUCUACGAGAAGGCCGUCACCUUCAGACCCUUCCAGGUGGACAUGUUGCAUGCGGUCACAGCCAACUUCCUGGGCGAUAAUCUUCAGUGUUGGAUGCAGAUUCAGGUGGGCAAGGGACCUUGGGCAUCCGAGGUGUCGGGCAUUGUGAAGAUCGGACAAACCAUGACCAUGGUGCUGGCCAUUAAGGAUGAUGAGAACAAAUUCGACAUGCUUGUGCGCAACUGCGUCGCCCACGACGGCAAACGUGCUCCCAUUCAGCUGGUGGAUCAAAACGGUUGCGUUGUGCGUCCCAAGAUCAUGAGCAAAUUCCAGAAGAUCAAGAACUUUGGACCCUCGGCUUCCGUGGUCAGCUUCGCGUACUUCCAGGCCUUCAAGUUCCCCGACUCGAUGAACGUGCACUUCCAGUGUGUGAUCCAGGUCUGUCGCUACAACUGCCCCGAACCCAAGUGCGGUCCUGGUCUGCCUGGCGGUGAAUACGGUCUGCCCCAGCUGGGCGGCAAUGCGCUGUCCGAGGAAUACGGUCCACCAGAGGCCUACGAGCGCAACGACUUCCCCUUGGGUGGUCUGCCACCUGCAGCCUAUCCCGAUCCGCGUCAUCCCGCUGCCGAUGCCAGCGGUGCCUACUCCGAGAAUCAGCCCGAUGUGGUGCCGUCACCACAGGCACAGACCUCAGCGGUGACCACAGCCGAGUCGGCGGGCAGUGGACCAGCCAGCUCACAGGCGCCACAGCAACAGCAACAGGGUAAUGGUAAUGGUAAUGGUAAUGGCAACAGCAAUGAGUUGGGUCUGCCGCCACCGCCACUGCCUGGCCAGCCGGGCCAGUACAGCACGGUGAAGCGCAAGGAUGAUCUGAGUGCUGGCGGCAAUCUGGUGUCAUUGGGCGGACGACCACGUUCCGUUGAGGGAUUGGAUGAUCUGCGUGGCGUGCGCCGGCGUCGCGAUACCAUGGAGAUUGUGGUGAAGCCACGCAUCUACAAGCGCAAUGCACAGGAGAUGACCGACGUGAACACGAGUCGCAUCAUCCAGGUGGUGGCACCCGGUGAUGUCAACUUUGCGCUCAACAGCAAUGCCAGCAACGAGACCGUUGUCAUCCAAUCGGCGCGCUCCGCCGAUGCCGAGACCAUCUGCAUGUCCGUGCCCAGCUUCGUGGGAGGACUCGUCAUGUUGCUGCUUGUCCUGGCCGUGGCCUCUCUAGUCGCCGCCUUCCUCUUCGUCCGCGUCCGUCACUUUGAUCGCAAGGGUGCGGGCAUGGCUUAUGUCAACUAAGCCGGAGAUCACUCAAAUCUCCACUAGGUAUCAUCCAAGGCACCAUCAUCAGC